AUGUUGCUUCAUGAACUACUACUUUUUUUCAUUUGUCAAUUAUCAUUUACAUUAGCUACCCCAGACCGUUCAAUAUUCUUCAAUUACCAAAACAACGCAGCUUGUAUAUUAGUAAAUGAUACAGUAUAUGCAAAUUUCGAAUUUGAAUUCAAUAAUCCUAAAAAUGAACCAAUUCCAUUAAUAAUUUUUAAUUAUGAAAAUUUACAAUAUUUUAAAAAUUUACCAAAUUUCGAUACUUUUUUAAAUCAUACUUAUUUAGAUGUUAAAAAUGAUGAUAAAUUUGUUCAAAUUAAUUUAAAAGAUGAAUCCGUUCAAUUUAAUUUAAAAAUGUUUAGAAAUUUGGAAAUUCCUGAAGAUACUUUUACUGAAGUUAUUACAACCAAAUCAAAUUUGAAUUAUAAUAUUCCUGAACCUGGGGUAUAUUGCGUUUAUUUACCAUUAUAUUCUUAUGAUGGAGAUAUCAUUCAUCCAACUGCAUAUACUUCAACUUUAAAAAUUAAUGAAUUUGCUUCAGUUUCAGUAUUCAAUGAUAUUUCAUCUCGUAUUAGUUCAAUUAUAUUAUAUGGAUUAUUUUUAAUACCUUUAAGUUAUUUGUAUCCAAAUAUUAGAAAAAGAAGUUUUGAAAAAUUACCACCAGUUAUACAAGAAUUAUGUCAAAUUUUGAUUGUAUCACUUCUAUUAAAUAUUGCUCAUGUUGUUUUAGAAUUGUUUUAUUUAUUUUUCCCUAAUGAUUUUGUUCAUUCAUUUGCUGAAAAUUAUUUUGGAUAUUUUAAGGAUAUCUUAUUGGAAAAAUGGCAAAAAUACGUUGUCUGUCAAAUUUAUUUGGGUUUAGGGUACGAAAACUCACCCAUUAAGACUCCAAAAAUAUUAUUUCAAUCAUUUUUCAUCUUAAAUUUGGCUACCACUUUGAUAUUAGAUAAUUUAUUAGGUCCAGCUUCAUCAAUUAUUGAUAUUUUUAUUAAUGGUCAACAUUUUGAAAUUGUCAAGAAAUCUAUUUUAGUUAAUGGAUUCUACAAAACUAUUUUCAUUAAUAAAAAUUACUCUGAUUUUUUAAAGUCAUUAAUCACUACUUCUACUUCAAUACAAUUAGUUUCUGGAUUUAUUAUGCAAUUAAUAAGUUUGGUAUAUGGAAUUAAGUAUAUCAUCAGAUUGAAAAACCAUCCACAACUAUUAAAACCAAUGACUUCCUCAUUACUAGUUCAUUUAAUUGCGUGGAGUACAUUUGGUAAACACGCGUUAUAUAACAUAGGUGUUAAAAUUUCAGUAACUGGUAUAUUUGAUGCUGGUGAAUUAUUAAGUGUCAUUGGUACUUUGAUUGAACAAUUUGAAAUUAAAUUGGUGGGUUUACAAGUUAUUGAAAUUAUGAUAUUAUGGUAUUUGUGGACUACUGUUAAACCUUAUGAUUUGAAUGCUUUAAAAAUAGAGGAAGAAGAAGCUGCUGAGAAGAAAAAUGCUGCAACCACGUCAGAAGUCAAGACUAAUAAAAAAGCUACAGUUAAUGAAACUAAGAAAGUACCUAUUAAAAAGAGUAAAAAAGUUGAAUAG